UAAAAGGUGUUGCAGAACGGGCAAAGAACACUCAGCCCGACAGUCGGACAGACGCCCAAGCCAACCACACUCAGUCAAAAUGUCCAUCACAAAGAUUCACGCCCGUGAGAUCCUCGACUCCCGAGGAAACCCCACUGUGGAGGUGGAUCUCUUCACAGCCAAAGGGCGCUUCAGGGCUGCCGUGCCCAGCGGAGCCUCCACAGGCGUCCACGAGGCUCUGGAGCUGAGAGACGGAGACAAGGCACGCUACCUGGGCAAAGGCACAAAGAAGGCUGUUGACCAUGUCAACAAGGACAUUGGCCCCAAGCUGAUUGAGCAGAAGCUGAGUGUGGUUGAGCAGGAGAAGAUUGACAAGUUCAUGCUGGGCUUGGAUGGCACUGAGAACAAAUCCAAGUUUGGUGCCAAUGCAAUCCUGGGCGUUUCUCUGGCUGUGUGUAAGGCUGGUGCUGCAGAGAAAGGCGUGCCCCUGUACCGCCAUAUCGCUGACCUGGCUGCUCACAAGGAUGUGAUCCUGCCUGUGCCUGCCUUCAAUGUCAUCAACGGCGGCUCCCACGCAGGCAACAAGCUGGCUAUGCAGGAGUUUAUGAUCCUGCCCGUUGGUGCUUCCAACUUCCACGAGGCCAUGCGUAUGGGCGCCGAGGUCUACCACAACCUGAAGAGCGUCAUCAAGGGCAAGUACGGCAAGGAUGCCACCAACGUGGGGGACGAGGGCGGCUUCGCUCCCAACAUCCUGGAGAACAAUGAGGCCCUGGAGCUGUUGAAGACUGCAAUCGAGAAGGCCGGCUAUUCCGACAAGAUCAUCAUCGGCAUGGAUGUGGCCGCGUCUGAGUUCUUCAAAAAUGGCAAAUACGACUUGGACUUCAAGUCCCCUGAUGACCCUGCCCGGCACAUCACGGGCGAGAAGCUAGGAGACCUGUACAAAAGCUUCAUCAAGGGAUACCCAGUGCAGUCCAUUGAAGACCCCUUCGAUCAGGAUGACUGGGAGCACUGGGCCAAGUUCACUGGCUCUGUCGACAUCCAGGUGGUAGGGGACGACCUGACCGUGACCAACCCCAAGCGUAUCCAGCAGGCUGUGGAGAAGAAGGCCUGCAACUGCCUGCUGCUCAAGGUCAACCAGAUUGGCUCGGUCACAGAGUCCAUCCAGGCCUGCAAGCUGGCACAGUCCAAUGGCUGGGGUGUGAUGGUGAGCCACCGCUCUGGGGAGACAGAGGACACCUUCAUUGCUGACCUGGUUGUUGGUCUGUGCACUGGACAGAUCAAGACCGGUGCCCCCUGCAGGUCAGAGCGUCUGGCGAAAUACAACCAGCUGAUGAGGAUCGAGGAGGAGCUUGGAGACAAAGCUAAGUUCGCCGGGAAAAACUUCCGUCACCCCAAGGUCAACUAAGCAGGUGGCUCACUCUUCUCCCCAUGUCACCGCCCAAGAACAUCGGUCAUCCACCGACCUUCCGCCCUCUCCCACCCCCUUUGAUGGAGAGGCAGGGGAUGGUGGUAGGGGAUAUGGAUCGGGGACUUUGGAGAGAUUAGCCAUUGUGCUCUGAUCUGAAGCAAUUCCACUUUUUUUUAUCUUUGAUCCACAUUGCUCUCGAUCUGUGUUGUCAGAGGUACUUUUCAUGUAACACAAAAUAAAAUAAAAAAAACAAAACCCA